UCGACAAACUGCUAUGGCUCCUGAGGUAUUAGUAGGCUUUGCUCCCUGUGCUAUUUAUGAAAGUGAAUCGCCUGUGUAGUGACCUUGUGUUGUGGAUAAUUGACUUACGAACAUUUAAAGAGGUAUGAGUGCUUGUUGUAGUUAACAUUUGGUGGUGGAAAACGAAUGGCUUGAAGUGUCCUAUAGAAACGAGUGAUUAGAUAGAAAAAUACAUUGAUAUAUACAGAAAUAUUGUCAUUCAUAUUUUCCAUAGACAGUGAAGGUAUACAAUGCACAUAGAGAUAAUUUAAUUGAUGCUGUCGAAGAUAUAUACGUGAUUUAAUUCCAUGAUUUGAUUAAUGAUUGGAAAUAAUUUUGAUUGAUGGUUCAUUGAGGACAUUGCUGUUUCUAUUGUUGAGAAGACAGGAUGCAGCUGAGAUUACUCUUGGGAUGGUGUAACCGUAAGCGGGUACUGAGGGGUAUGUGGGCGGCGGGUGUGGGCGGGAUGGGCACUAUGUUCCUCUUCAUCCUGACACUACACACUGCCCUCCUCCUGCCUCUCUACUGUGAGUCAGAAUGCACCAUGAUGCAGUGGCGGGAUCCAGGGUCACCAGAGAACAGGCAAGUGAUACGUCACCUCCAGGCGAAUGUGCUAGAGGCGGCCCAGCGGAGUGUGGUGGAGCCAGUCACCCCCAUCGACCUCUACGACCCCCCAUGGAUGAAGAUAGAGAGAUGGCUGGCGGUGGAGUCUGCCAUACGUCAAACUAUGGGUCAGAAGAGACGGGGGGUGUUCGUGGAGGUGGGUGCUGGUGCUGGCGUCUUCAAGUCUCACACGUCGUGGCUGGAAACGUCUCGUGGUUGGACUGGCCUGCUGAUCGAACCACGUCCAGAUGCUUACGCCCAGCUGAGACGCCGCAGGAAGGCCGUGGGGGCGAGGGCGUGCGUUUCAGACUAUGGCUACAAUAAAAAGGAGGUGUUGUGGAUGCCGAGUGGGACGGAGGAGCUGCCUGAGUUCUACAGGGAAAUCGCCUUGUCCAGAUCAACACUAAUGACCUACGUGGCCAACGAGGACAGGCUGGGGUCAUUGAGGCUGGAGGUACAGUGCUUCACCCUCAAUGCCCUGAUCAUCGCUGCCAUGGGAUUUCAAAGGCCCAUUGACUUCCUGAUGCUGGACACUAGCGGAGGAGAGUGGAGAAUUCUCGAGACUUUGGAGCAGCUUAACGUCAAGAGCCUGAUGGUUAAGUUCAACACAGACGUAGACAAAACGUUCAUAAAAGAAACGACCGAGCGACUAAACCUCAGACACUAUCCAUCGAAGCUUCUGAGUCGAAACCAUUUCAUGUUCUUCCUUAGUGAGAACACCGACCUCAACAUGACCCAGUGGCAGGAAGGAUAGGGGUUGGUAAAUAGGGUAGUAAGGAUAGGUGUUGGUAAGUAGGGUAGAAUGGAUAGGAAGUAAGAAAUAGGGUAGGCAGAAUAGAUUCGAUAACUUGGAUGGGUAGAAUAGGAGGUAUGAAAUGGGUUGGGAAAGAUACCUGCCCUUACAUUUAUCCAUAGCAUAUAAUUGUACCUGUUAUUAUUGGGCAUUUGAUUGUGUGUUACGACAUCCCCC